AUGUGCCGGCCAGCGCUCGCCCGGCUGCUGCUCCUCCAGCUGCUGCUGCUCAAGCUGCACCUCGGCAAAGGCGCCGUCAAGGAGUGCGAGGAGGACCAGUUCCAGUGCCGGAACGAGCGGUGCAUCCCCGCCAUCUGGAAAUGCGACGAGGACGACGACUGCUCGGAUAACAGCGACGAGGCGGAUUGCCCAAAGAAAACUUGCGCUGAGUCAGAUUUCACUUGUGACAACGGGCACUGCAUCCCAGCCAGGUGGAAAUGUGAUGGGGAAGAAGAAUGUCCCGACGGGUCAGAUGAAUCAGAAGCAGCAUGCACCAAACAAGUGUGUCCAUCUGAAAAAAUUAGCUGUGGAGACUUAAGCAACAAGUGCAUCCCAUUGUCGUGGAGAUGUGAUGGGCAGAAGGAUUGUGAAAGUGGAAUUGAUGAGGCUGGUUGCACUCCUGCCUGUUCUCCCAACGAGUUUCAGUGCAGUAACAAGUCGUGCAUCUCCAUCAUCUUUGUGUGUGACGGCGACAACGACUGCGGGGAUGGCAGCGAUGAAAGGAAGUGCUCCCCUCUGACCUGCAACCCCAACGAGUUCCAGUGCAACAACAGCAUGUGCAUCCCGGAGCUGUGGGUGUGUGACAACCAGCCCGACUGCGAGGACCAGUCGGACGAGUCCAUGGAGAAGUGUGGCUACGACACCAAGGCCCUCAACACGUGCGCGGCCCACGAGUUCCAGUGCAGGAAUGGCGAAUGCAUCCACCUCAACUGGAAGUGUGACGGGGACGAGGACUGCAAGGACAAGUCUGAUGAGCAGGACUGCCCUCUGGUAACCUGCCAGCCAGAUGAAUUUCAGUGUGGUGAUGGGACCUGUAUCCACGGAGCAAAGCAGUGUGACAAGGUGCACGACUGUCCUGACAACAGUGACGAGGCCGGCUGUGUCCAAGAAUCAGCAUGUGAAAGUCCCAGCAAGUUUCAGUGUAAGAGUGGAGAGUGCAUUGACGGAGGCAAAGUGUGCGAUUCACAUAGAGACUGCAGGGACUGGUCUGACGAGCCUCUGAAAGAAUGUGGUGUUAAUGAAUGCUCGAUGAACAAUGGUGGCUGCUCACACAUAUGCAGAGAUUUGAAGAUUGGUUAUGAGUGCGAAUGCCCGCCUGGAUACAAGCUUCUGGAUAAAAAAACGUGUGGAGACAUAGAUGAAUGUGAGAAUCCAGACGCUUGUAGCCAGAUCUGCAUUAAUUACAAAGGAGACUACAAAUGUGAGUGCUAUGAAGGAUACGAGAUGGACACCCUGUCCAAGAACUGCAAAGCUGUAGGCAAGAGCCCGUACCUGAUCUUCACCAAUCGCCACGAGGUCCGUAAAAUAGACCUGGUGAAAAGGGACUAUUCCCGUAUCAUUCCCAUGCUGAAGAACGUGGUGGCACUGGAUGUGGAGGUGUCAACAAACAGAAUAUAUUGGUGUGACUUGUUCUACCGAAAAAUCUACAGUGCCUACAUCGACAAAGCGAGUGACACGGCCGAGCAGGAGAUCCUGAUCGACAGCCAGCUCAACUCCCCCGAGGGACUGGCCAUUGACUGGGUCCACAAGAACAUCUACUGGACAGACUCUGGAAACAAGACCAUCUCAGUGGCCACUGCAGAUGGAAGCAGGAGGAGGACACUUUUCAACAGUGACCUCAGCGAGCCCAGAGCCAUUGCUGUGGAUCCCACACAGAGGUUCAUGUAUUGGUCUGACUGGGGAGACAAAGCCAAGAUUGAGAAGGCCGGUCUGAACGGGGUGGGGCGGCAGGUGCUGGUCACCGACAACAUCGAGUGGCCAAAUGGCAUCACACUUGAUUUGCUGAAUCAGCGUCUCUACUGGGUAGACUCCAAAUUGCAUUCACUGUCCUGCAUUGAUUUCAAUGGCAGCAACAGAAAAGUUCUGAUCUCCUCUGUGGAUGAUCUGAGCCAUCCUUUUGGCUUGGCAGUGUUUGAGGACAGAGUGUUCUGGACUGACCUGGAGAAUGAAGCGAUCUUCAGCGCAAACAGGCUCAAUGGCUUGGACAUCUCCAUUCUGGCAGAGAAUCUCAAUAACCCUCAUGACAUCGUGGUAUUUCAUGAAUUAAAGCAGCCCAAAGCUCCAGAUUCCUGUGAGCUCAGCCCCCAGCCAAAUGGAGGCUGUGACUACUUGUGUCUUCCUGCACCUCAGAUCUCUCCCCAUUCCCCCAAGUACACGUGUGCCUGUCCUGACAAUAUGUGGCUGGGUCCUGACAUGAAAAAAUGCUACAAAGAUCUCCCAACCACUGCACUUCCUGAAGUGGUUUCUACAAGCAGAGUGUCCCGUGCUGAUGGCGCCACGACCAUCGCCGCUGUCCCUGGCAGUGCCAAUGACACCACUGAAGUCAUCCCCAAAGCUGUACCAGAAGCUACAAUCACCACCCCAAGUCUUCAUUUACCUUCCACCACAUCCAUCCUCAUAGAUUCUGAGAUGACUACUGGAAACAGCAAUUUAUCACAGCACUAUGCAAAUGAUGAUGAAGGCUUCGGUUCAACUGUGACAGCAGCUGUGAUUGGAAUUGUCAUUCCUGUGGUGGUCAUUGGCUUGCUGUGCAUGGGGGGAUACCUCAUCUGGAGAAACUGGAAACGGAAGAAUACUAAAAGCAUGAAUUUUGAUAAUCCAGUUUAUAGGAAGACAACAGAAGAGGAAGAUGAAGAUGAAAUCCACAUUGGGCGAACUGCCCAAAUUGGACACGUGUACCCAGCACGCGUUGCAUUAAGCUUAGAAGAUGAUGGGUUGCCAUGA